GGCUGCCGAGGAGGAGGACAAGCGAGCACGACGCCUCGAAGAACUCCGACAAGCAGCCAAUAUCCGCAGAGCCGCCGAGGAUGAAGACGAGCAUGUUCGACGUCUGGAAGAACUGCGGCAAGCAGCCGCUAUCCGCAGAGCCGCUGAGGACAAUGACGAGCGUGUUCGACGUCUUGAAGAACAGAGGCAAAUAGAUGCCAACCGCAGGGAUGCUGAAGAGGUAGACGAGCAUGCUCAACGCCUUCUAGAACAGCGUCGUCGCACAGCUGAAAUACGACAGAAUUCUGAGCGUAAUCGACUUCAAUCCCACAAAGUCGCUGCCUCAAGCCUCGUAGAGUACAGCAAUUUGGGAAUGUUUGACAUUGCAUGUGUUCAUUGUGGUGCUGUUCAUUUUUUGAAAGAGAGAGUGCAGAACAGAAUUCACCCUAAUUCAUUUGGUGACUGUUGCCUUCAUGGUCGCAUUGAACAACCUGCGCCAGAGUUUCCCAAUGAAUUGGCAUUGCUGUACACUAAACAACACAGACUAGCCAAACAUUUCCACGAUAAAAUUCAAAAUAUUUCUGCCUGUUUUGCUUUUUCUUCAUUCAAUGUUGCUGAUGACAGGACUUUCAAUAGUAAAGGUAUUUAUACAUUUACUGCUGGUGGACAAGUGUAUCACAAGUUAAAUUUGGCGGCUCAGCCAGUCAGCAACAGUGAGGGUGAUUUGGAAAGACCUAGAUAUGGCCAAAUGUACUUCAUUGAUCCGGAAACAGCCGUUGCAGAACGUAUGAAUGAACCAAUGAAUCAAGGCAUCAAUCAAGAACUAAUACAGAUUUUAGAGGAGAUAAUGAGAAGUCAAAACCCAUUUUCACAGGCUUUUACGAUGAUGAGGGAGAUAGUUGAGGAAAACAAUCAACGUGCUGAAGCUCUUGGCGAUGAUCCCAGGCGAUUCAACUCACCAACUUAUAAUGAAGUUGCUGCUGUAAUUACAUUAAAUGCAGACCAAAGUAUCCCGGAAAAUGAGAUGGUUAUUAAGGAGCGAGGAAAACAGUUAAUAACGCUCAAGAACAUUGACAGCCGAGUAGAACCAUUCACCUACCCUCUCCUCUACCCAAAAGGAACUUUUGGGUUUACUGUAGUCCUUCCUCUUAAAACGCCUUAUGCAAGCCGUGCACACAUGACGAGGAUGGAGUUGGCUCAAUACAGACUGUUUCAACAGUACGUCGUGGACACAUACAUCCGUGUUGAACGUGAUCGUAUUCAGUGGAUCAAAUAUAACCAAAAGAAACUUCAAGCUGAUCAGUAUGCAGGAGUAACACAUUUUCUAAAUGAAUUGGCUGAAAAGAAAAAUGCUACAGUUGCUGAAAAACUGAUUUUACCAUCAUCUUUUCCCGGAUCAACUAGAUAUUUCACUGAACACUUUGAAGACGCUAUGGCAAUUGUCCGAAGGUUUGGCUCUCCAGACUUUUUUAUCACAAUAACGUGCAGUCCAACAUGGCCAGAAUUAAAAGAAGCUGCAUGUAUUGAGCUCUCUGAUGGUUCUAAACUUCAACAGUUCGCCCAAGAAAGACCUGACAUUGUGGCUAGGGUAGCCAAAUUGAAAUUUGACAGCAUAGUUGAAGAUAUAAGUAAGAAACAGAUUUUUGGGAAGUCUUCUGCUUUUGUUUACACUAUAGAAUUUCAAAAACGAGGAUUACCCCACCUACAUCUUCUUGUCAUCAUGGCAAAUGAAGACAAACUCCGGUCUCCAGAGGAAGUAGACACUUUCAUUUCGGCAGAAAUUCCUAAUGAUGACCCAGUUCUAAGGGAGUUGGUCCUCAAAUGGAUGAUUCACAAUCCAUGUGGCGAACUUAAUCCGUCUGCGUCAUGUAUGGAGAAUAAGGGUGGAUCAGCUAAAUGCCGCUUUGGAUUCCCCAAAGCUCAUCAAGAGUUUACGUCAAUUGUUGACAACAAAACACCGAAUUACAAGAGACGGUAUGACCCACAACUGGAUCCAAAUAACCCAGAAUUUUCUCACGUCCAUGCGGUGUACCGCAAAAACAGUGAUGGACAAAAAGUUACACGGGACAAUAGACAUGUUGCUCCAUACAAUGGCUAUUUACUGAAGAAAUACAUGUGCCACAUAAAUAUCGAGUAUGUUGGUAGUGUUAGAGCCGUUAAGUACCUCUAUAAAUACAUUUAUAAAGGGCAUGACUGCGCAAAUGUAAAAAUUGUUGAAAAUGUGGCCCGAAUAAUGUAUAAUGAAGCAGAAACAUUUGUUGAGGCACGUUAUAUUUCGCCCCCUGAAGCAUGUUGGAGGCUGGCUGGAAAUGAAAUCCAAAGGAAAAGCCAUUCGGUGCAACGUUUGGACAUCCAUCUAGAAGGUCAGUACCGUGUGGGAAACAUGGAACAGACACAAGAAGAUGUAGCGGACACUGGCCUGAAAGGGUCCACCUUAGAGGCGAACUUUAAACACAACUCUAAACUUCACAUAGAAGAAGAGAAUGGGAAUGAAGUAAUCUACUACUUCUACUGGCAGAUGCCAGAAAAGUACAAAUGGUUAGGCAAAACAAGUGAAUGGGUGGUACGACAGCGAAGCUCAAAAACGAUUGGAAGGAUCCACACUGUGAACUUGGUGGCCCAACCUGAACUUUAUCACUUAAGAAUGCUCCUCUUCCGUACCAAAGAUGCCAAAAGUUUUGAAGACCUUAAAUUUGUAAAUGGGACUGCCUAUUCCACUUAUAAACAAGCAUGCCUAGCAAAAGGCCUUACAUAUGAUGACCAGCAAUGGAUUGAUGGGCUGCGGGAAUCCGCUUUGUCAAAGAUGCCGAGUGUCAUGAGGACACUCUUUUGUCAAAUCUUGAUUCUCGGAUCACCAGAAAACCCUAAACGUCUCUGGGAUAUGUUUAAGGACGAGUUGGCAGAAGAUUUUCUUAGAGAAGCAGAGAUUUCUGGAACCCCUCUAGAAGAUGCUUACAACAGAGCAUAUAGAAUCAUAGCUUACAAGCUAAAUACUGAAGCUACAGAAGGGCGCAACUUCCAUUUUUGGGUGGAGAACUAUGGAAUGGAUAAUAUUAACGACUUCGAGAUGAAUGAUGAGGUUUUUAACGUUGGGCAAUCUCAUGCAAUUGGCCAUCGCCUCUACAACAACCUCAAUGACAAGCAGAAGGAAUUUGUUGAUGCUGUCAUCCAAACACUUGAUGAUGAGAGUUCAGGACCAAAAUGUUUCUUCCUUGAUGGACCUGGAGGUACAGGGAAAACAUUUGUCUACAAUACCUUAUACCACCUCUGCCGAAGUCGAAAUAUCAUUGUUAAAUGCAUGGCAUUUACAGGCAUUGCAUUCAUACUUCUGCCAGAAGGACGCACAACCCACAAGACAUUUGGUCUUAAAGUUCCUUUGACUAAUUAUUCAAAAUCAUCAAUCAAACGUGGAUCUUCAAAAUUCAAGGAAUUGGAAGCAGUCAACAUGUUCAUGAUGGAUGAAGCACCAAUGCUUCCUAAAUACGGUCUUGACUGCAUGGACGAGCUCCUUCGUGAUCUAGGUGACAGGAACUCCCCAUUUGGCGGGAAAAUAAUGAUUUUAGGAGGAGAUUUUCGACAGUGUCUACCGGUCCAGCCAAGGGCAAAUCGUACCGAACUUCUAGACCUUUCCAUCAAGAAAAGUGUUCUCUGGAGGUACUUCAGGGUUUUCUCUCUGGAACAAAAUAUGAGAGUUGAUGCGGAAGAGGAGUGCUUUGCUAGGUACCUACUGAAACUUGGAAAUGGAGAGCUUGAUACCAACGCUGAUAGUGAAAUUGAACUCCCUAAAGCGUUGUUUCAAAUGGUACCAUUGUCCUUGACGCGACUGCGACUGGAACGGCUAGCGGCUGAACACAGCGACUGUAGCGGGUCUGCUCUGAGGGGAGUCAGAGUCGCAGUCGCUGAGCGAUUUGUAGGUGUGGACGGGUUUUUGGCGUAA